CGGCACCUUGACCUCGCGAGACCCUUGAUCUUUUCCGAGGCCCCGUGAAGCUGCAAUAUCAACCAGUGAGGCUGACCGUCCCUCCCCAGGGGUUUUUCUUUUCGCCCGGCGACAUGAUGGCACUGUGAUCUUCAAAUGCCAAGCUGCGAUAAGCACAUUGCCCUCUCUCCUCCUACAAGUUCGGGUAGAGUGCCCGAAGCAACCACUCCAUAUUUCAACGCGCAUCGCAUCACAGACAUAGGAGAUCUUCACGCGACUAGACUCUGGCAUAGGCCAAGCCCUCAUUCGCAGCCGAGCCAGUGCCGCCGCCGCCGCCGCCGCCCCGUGAGAGCGAUUAUCAACUCGAAACGACGAAACUGUUCGGGUCGGUCCUAUUCGUGCAUGCAGUCGCCUGCGCGCCCCUGCGUCGCGUGUGUCCCAAGCAAAGAUGGCCCGCAUAUCGGUGGUAGCCCUGAGCAAAUACCUGCUCGACGGACGCCUGUCGCAUCGAGGGUGCCUCGGAGCUCGAUUCGCCCUGGUACGGCCUACCCCGGUCGGGCAUCCUCGACCAAGGGCUGGUGCAGCUCGAGCCCUCCACGCCGCCGCCAGCAGCGCCCACCCGGGCUCGCAAACUCCAGCUGUGCCUUUCCGCAAGCAAUUGAAAGAAGAGGCCAAGCUGGCCAAGAAGCAGGGCAAGAACAAGUCCAAGAGCGGCUCACAGACCGUCGACGGCUGGGAACUCACCGUCGGCAUCGAAAUCCAUGCCCAGCUCAACACGUCGCGCAAGCUCUUCUCGCCCGCCACCACCUCAUUCAACGAUGAGCCCAACAGCCAUGUCGCCCUCUUUGACGUGGCGAUGCCCGGCAGCCAACCACUGGUACAGAAAGACGUCUUGCCCCCUGCCCUCCGAGCGGCCCUCGCCUUGAACUGUGAAAUCCAGCGGGUCAGCCGGUUCGACAGGAAGCACUACUUUUGGUGGGACCAACCCUCUGGCUAUCAAAUCACCCAAUACUACGAACCGCUUGCCAAGAAUGGACACAUGACUUUGUAUGCGAGAGACGGCAUCGCGCCAGAGGAUGGCGAGAGCGUCAUCGUUGGCAUCAAGCAGGUCCAGCUGGAGCAAGACACGGCGAAGACGUUGGCACAGGCGGGGAAUGUGUCGUGGCUUGACUUUAACCGCGUCGGCGUGCCUCUGAUUGAAGUCAUUACGGAGCCGCACAUGCAUCAUCCGCGCACGGCCGCCGUCCUUGUCCGCAAGAUUCAACUUCUGCUCAACACGGUGGACGCCUGCGUCUCAGGCAUGGAGACGGGUGGACUCCGCGCCGACGUCAAUGUCUCGGUGCGACGGACGGACGACCUAACGAAACGGCUGGGGACGAGGACCGAGAUCAAGAAUCUAAGCACCAUCAAGGCCGUGGAGGAUGCCAUCAUUGCCGAAAGGGACCGCCAGAUCCGCGAAAUCGAGGCCGGCGGUGUCGUCGUAGGCGAGACACGAGGCUGGACGCUGGGCUCCAAGGAGACGCGGCGGCUCCGUGGCAAGGAGGGCGAGGUCGACUAUCGCUACAUGCCGGACCCAGACAUUGGCCCGCUAGUACUCGGCGAUGACCUCGUGCAACAGCUGCGAAAGUCAUUGGCCGUCUUGCCCGACACGGAGCUCGACAAGCUCAUUGACGACUUUGGCCUGACGGCAAAGGAUGCCCUGUCCCUCAUCACGCUGGACAACGGAGCUCGCGUCCAGUAUUACUACAAGGUCUUGGACAGCAUCCAGAAGAUGAUUGCGGCCGAGUUCGCCGCAGGCACGAUGCCCGACUUCAAGAGCUACUCGACGCUCGCCGGGAACUGGAUCAUCCACGAGCUGGGCCGCCUGACGACGUACAAGGCGGGGCCGCUGGCGUCCGGGGAGCUUUCUUUCACGGCGGACGGCGAGUGCGCGCAGGUCCCGGGCGCGGCGCUGUCGCAGCUGCUCUACCACCUCUACUGCAAGCACAUCACGGGCAAGGUGGCCAAGGAGCUGCUUUUGGCCAUCUAUCUCGGCGACCUGGAGGGCGGCGUUCUCGAGGCGAUCGACGCCAACGACCUCUGGUUCAAGGAGAUAUCGCAGGACGAGUACGCUGCUCUCGUGGAGGAAGCCAUCGCGGGGGAGGACAAGGUGCUGCGGGAGUUUGUCGACUACAAGCGCUUCCCCGAGGGCAAGCUGAUGUGGCUGGUGGGCAAGAUGAUGCGCCUCGGGCCGACGGAGCGCAUCGACCCGGCGACGGCCGAGAGUGCCAUGAGGGCUCGCGUGGCGCGACUGCGUGCAACAUAGGGCGUGUCUUGCGACAUGAAUGUUGUUGCUUUUGCGCCUCCUAGGGGCAUGCGUUGGAUGAAAGCAGGGCGGGCGAUCGGGCGUGAAUCUCUCCUGCGCGCGGCUGCCUGUUGGGAAGUCGGGCACCGCAAGCCUUAGGCCAAGGAGGCCCAAGGGCGUCCUGUCAGGGUCGUGGCGGGCCACGUCUCCUCCGACUGCGCGCGCUUGCUCACAGGCGUAGAUGGGAGGUGCCGUCUUGUACAUUAUUUGUUAUCAUGUAGCGUGCCGUUUGCGACUGGCCUCUGUACAUGUCUCUAGUCGUCGAUGGAUGCAAGGUGUCUGUCUGUACGAAUAUUGUUCCUUCUUUUCUCAUAGAGCGAGCGCACCACGCGGGCACUGGGAUG